AUGAGAGAGGGCGAGACGGAGGAUGUGGGUAUGAGAGAGGGCGAGGCGGAGGAUGUGGGUAGGAGAAAGGGCGAGGCGGAGGAUGUGGGUAGGAGAAAGGGCGAGGCGGAGGAUGUGGGUAGGAGAAAGGGCGAGGCGGAGGAUGUGGGUAGGAGAAAGGGCGAGGCGGAGGAUGUGGGUAUGAGAGAGGGCGAGGCGGAGGAUGUGGGUAGGAGAAAGGGCGAGGCGGAGGAUGUGGGUAGGAGAAAGGGCGAGGCGGAGGAUUUGGGUAUGAGAGAGGGCGAGACGAAGGUUUUCGCUAUGAGAGAGGACGAGACGGGGGGGAGGGGGGGUGGGGGGGGGGGGGGUAUGAGAGAGGGCGAGACGGAGGAUGUUGGUUUGAGAGAGGGCGAGACGGAGGAUGUGGGUAUGAGAGAGGGCGAGACGGAGGAUGUGGGUAUGAGAAAGGGCGAGACGAAGGGUGUGGGUAUGAGAGAGGGCUAG